AUGGCGCCCGGCGACGGCGACGGCGCCGGCGGCUCGCGACGGACGGGGGAUUUGGGGUUUGACGCAAGGAAACACAAGAAAGAGGGGAUGCGAGGAGGACGACGGGAACGGGAGAAGUGGGGGUGGUCAGACGAGGAGUUGCCCUCUGGAUCGGACGGUUACCAUGCCUUUAAUGUUCGUGCGCAAUUGAUCCCAAGGCACCCAGCCGGCGCCACCCACGCAAUCGCCGCUCGCCGCCGCCACCUGAUGGCACGCCGCCUCUUCUGCGCCACGAGAGCGCUCCUUCUUCCUGUCCCAGCUCCCGCGCCGGUGCCCGCCGCCGCGUCUUCUGCCACGGCCGCAGCCGCGGCGGCCUCGCUUGCGCCGCUGCUCCCUUGCAAGCGGCGCAAGAAGCUCCUGAAGAAGCUCAGCAGCCCGCGGGUCGCGCCCAUCGAGCCGGAGUCUGCGCGCCACAUGCCCGCCCUCGACGCCGUGCUCGACCGCGACUCCACCUUCCGCUUCCUCGCCCGCGCGCGCUCGUUAUUGGCAUCCCUCCCGCCACCGCACCGGAUCCCCCUUUCCGAGGCCGGCAAGCUGUAUCGCGAGCUCGGCUUCCCCCGCGGCCGCAAAGUGUCGCGCUCCGCAGCACGCCACCCGCUGCUGUUCCACCUACCCGUCGUGGACUCCGUCCCGCAGCUCGCGCUCACGCCGUUCAUGUGCUCGCUCCUCGAAGAAGAGCGCCGCCUCCACGAGGAGCUCCUCCCGUCGCGUGUGCUCGCCGUCCGGAAGCUCCUCAUGCUCACCGCCCACCGCCGUGUGGCGCUCGCGAAGCUCCACCACUGCCGCGCCGUGCUCGGCCUCCCCGACGACUUCCGCGACCGCGUCCGCGACUUUCCCAACGACUUCCGCGUCGCCGUCGAUCCCGACGGCCGCCACGUCCUCGAGCUCGCGCGCUGGGACCCCGCGCUCGCCGUCAGCGCGCUGGAGCGCGACUUCGUCGUGGAUGAGCGCCGCGUCCGGCGCACCUUCCGCUUCGCGGUCCCGCACCGCCGGUCGAUGCCGCUCGACGCCGAGGACGCCGACCGCCUCGACGCUGUGACCACGUUCCCGCUGGUCUCGCCGUACACCAACGGCGCGCUGCUCAAGCCGUGGACGCCGGAGGCGGAGAAGUACCGCGUCGGGGUGGUGCACGAGUUCCUGAGCCUGACGCUGGAGAAGCGCGCGCUGAUCCACCACAUAUUCGAGUUCAAGGAGGAGCUCGGGCUCACGCGGCACAUGUACGAGUCGCUGCGGAAGCAGAACCGCGCGUUCUACCUCGCCGGCACGGAGAUGAACUGGGCCCUGUUCCUCAGGGACGCGUACGACGACAAUGGCGUGCUCAAGGAGAAGGAUCCCCUCGUGCUGUUCAACGAGAAGCUGCAGCGCUAUGCGUGCAUGACCAAGAUGGAUUCCUGA